CCCACCCCGUAACAGAUACACUGUUUUUAAUUUCAUAUUUGACACUUCUGCAACUGAAGUAUAUCGGCCAGACUGCUUAAAUAACACUUAAAAAAGCUAUACCUUUCUUUUCUUACACACUGGAGAAAAAGACAUUUACAUUACAUUUAGAAACAUCUGCCUCCUUCGCCUUCCUUCCAAAGUCGCUGCCUUUUGACGCCAUCGAAUCGCUGCUGAAACUGGAGCGUAGUGAAACUAUGGACAACAACAGAUCACUGAAUCUUGUAAAGGUGCAUGGUGUUGGGGGUUAUGACUCAGACUUUAGCGAUGAUGAAAUUCAAGAAGAAACAUCUGACCAGAAAAAGAAAAGGAUACGUAAAGAUGACCCUCUGCUCCAAAAGGCAUUUCAGAAAGGAAAGCAUGUUAAGUUGGUCCACAAGCAUCUCGCAGCUCAAGAAUGGGAUAGGGAAGAGGCAAGAAACAGGCGGCAUCACUUGAUUUCAAUGAAUGCUUAUGACAGACACAAAAAGUUUGUCAGUGACUAUAUAUUGUUUUAUGGUGGCAAGGAGGAGGACUUUAAGCGCUCCAUUGAAAAAGACAAAACAGAUGUGGAUGUGAUCAAGGAAAACCAUCGGUUCCUAUGGAGAGAGGAAGAUGAAGACGAUAUGACUUGGGAGCAAAAUCUGGCAAAGAAAUACUAUGAUAAAUUAUUCAAAGAAUACUGCAUUGCUGAUCUGGGCAGAUAUAAAGAAAACAAGUUUGGUUUCAGAUGGCAAGUGGAGAAGGAGGUUGUUUCAGGAAAAGGCCAGUUCUUCUGUGGAAACAAGAACUGUGAUACGAAGGAAGGUCUGAAAAGCUGGGAGGUGAACUUUGGCUACAUUGAACAAGGGGAGAAGAGGAACGCCCUUGUAAAACUGCGACUGUGUCCAGAAUGUUCCUACAAAUUAAACUUCCAUCACAGGAGGAAAGAAGUUAAACCAAAGAAGAGGCAGAGAACAGAGGACGGUGAAGAUGAACCACUGUCAAAAAAAUCCAAAUUAUCAGUGACCAAGAAACACAGAAGCAAGGGGAAAAGAAAAGGAAAAGCAGAACGUCAUUCACCUAGAAGUUCAGAGGACUCGGACACAUCUGAUGGAGAUUCUGACAACGGUGAUGAAACACAAGGCCCCUCUGAUGCAGACUAUUGGAAAGGUCCGGCGCCAAGUAUAGACGAGAAAACAAGGGAAGAAGAGUUUGAUGACUAUUUUCAAGAUAUGUUUCUUUGACUCACUGGCCCUUGUAUCGGAACAAAGGUGUGCAGUUAAUUCAAAGUAGGGAAGGGUGAAGAAGCCCCCAAGAACCAAAUGUUGGUGUUAAUAUGUACUCUGACAUCUUUGUGAUUUUCUUUCUAACAAAUGCCCUUGAAUCCCCGUGGCUAACUACCCGUUGCUAACUAUCCUUGGCACCAACAGACCCAGUGAUACCAUGUGUUGAAUGUUCAGAAAAAAAAAUCCCUAUGGAAUUACAUAUUUUUAUGCUUUUUUUACGCUACGUUUUAACAUUGUUGUCCUGUUUCUUCUUAUCCUGCCUCUCAUGCCACCUUGGAAAUAAAUCAUUGGAAACCCAUGAAAAAAUAGUGUACAGUGCCUUGCAUAAGUAUUCACCCCCCUUGGACUUUUUCACAUUUUGUAGUGUUACAACCUGGAAUUAAAAUGGAUUUAAUUUGGAUUUUUACCAUUUGAUUUACACAACAUACUUAACACUUUGAAGGUGCAAAAUAUUUUUUAUUGUGACACAAAAGUUAAUUAAACAAAAAAAAAAUACAUUUGUUGGUUGCAUAAGUAUUCACCCCCGAGUCAAUACCUAGUAGAAGCACCUUUGGCAGCAAUUACAGCUGUGAGUCUUUUUGGGUAAGUCUCUACCAGCUUUGCACAUGUGGAUCCUGCAAUUUUUGCCUAUUCUUGGCAAAAUUGCUCAAGCACUGUCAAGUUGGAUGGGGACCGUUGGUGAACACCAAUUUUCAAGUCUUGCCACAGAUUCUCAGUCAGAUUGAGGUCUGGGCUUUGACUGGGCCAUUCUAAGACAUUCAGGUUCUUGUUUUUAAGCCACUCCAGUGUAGCUUUGGCUGUGUGUUUAGGGUCAUUGUCCUGCUGGAAGGUGAACCUCUGCCCCAGUCCCAGGUCUCUUGCAGACUGAAACAGGUUUUCCUCUAGAAUUUCCCUGUAUUUGGCUCCAUCCAUCUUGCCCUCAAUCCUGACCAGUUUCCCAGUCCCUGCCGAUGAAAAGCAUCCCCAUAACAUGGUGCUGCCACCACCAUGCUUCACCGUGGGGAUGGUGUUCUCGGGGUGAUGAGCAGUGUUGGCUUUGCGCCACACACAGCGUUUUGCGCCAAGGCCAAAAAGUUCAAUUUUGGUCAUAUCAUACCAGAGAACCUUUUUCCACAUGUUUGCUGUGUCUCCCACAUGCCUUUUGGCAAAAUCCAAAUGGGAUUUAAUAUGGGUUUUUUUCAGCAAUGGCUUUCUUCUCGCCACUCUUCCGUAAAGCCCAGCUUUGUGGAGCAUCUGGGUUAUAGUUGUCCCAUGGACGGUUUCUCCCAUCUCAGCUGUGGAUCUCUCCAGCUCCUUCAGAGUUACCAUUGGCCUCUUGGUUGCUUCUCUGACUAAUGCCCUCCUUACCUGGUCAAUGAGUUUUGGUGGACGGCCUUCUCUAGGCAGAGUCGCGGUUGUGCCAUAUUCUUUCCAUGUUUUAAUAAUGGAUUUAACGGUGCUCUGGGGGAUGUUCAAAGUUUGGGAUAUUUUUUUAUAACCCAACCCUGAUUGGUGCUUCUCCAGAACUUUAUCCCGGACUUGUUUUGAUAGCUCCUUGGUCUUCAUGAUGCUGUUUGUUUAGAUAUGCUCUCUAACAAACUCUGGGGCCUUCCAGAAACAGGUAUUUAAUCUGAGAUCAUGUGACACUUUAAUUGCACACAGGUGGACUCCAUUCAACUAAUUAUGUGACUUCUGAAAGCAAUUGGUUGCACCAGAGCUUAUUUAGGGGUGUCACAGCAAAGGGGGUGAAUACUUAUGCAAUCAAGACUUUUCAAUUUUAUAUUUGUAAAUAAUUUUGAAAAAUAUGUAGAUUUUUUUUUUCCCCACUUCGAAAUUAUGGACUAUUUUGUGUAGAUCAGUGACAAAAAAUCCUAAUUUAAAUCCAUUUUAAUUCCAGGUUGUAACACUACAAAAUGUGGAAAAGUCCAAGGGGGGUGAAUACUUAUGCAAGGCACUGUAGUUUCUACUAAAUGUUUUCCUCUCGACAGUCCAGAUGUGAUAUUUAUUAGACCUCUGCGAGGUACAGACAGUAUGUUGGAUUAAUUGAAAAGUAAAAUAAAAAAAGGACAGACGCAGUAAACUAACAAAUUAGUUAUCAGGCUAAACAUUAUGCUGUUCAUAAUUUUCUAACCCAUUUUCACUUAAAGAUUUUAUUUCUCAGAGAAAGAAUUAUCCGUUUUAGUGUCUACAGUCUUUGGAGGUUUUAUUAAAUUAUAAUUAGUUUUGUGGUCUUGGAAGCUUGUGUUUUAAAAUAAUAUAUUGGUCGAAUACAAAAUGUUCUACCGCGAUUAAUCCUGAGAUUUACAUUUUUGUUAAUCUUGGUUUUAAUCGCAUAUUUAAUUGAUACAAUUACUGCAUCCAAAUCAUUUGUUGUUUUAUUAUUAUUAUUAUUAUUAUUAUUAUUAUUAUUAUUAUUAUUAUUAUUAUCCAGAAAACAACCCUGUUUUCCUAGUUCUGGAUUCUCUUUAUAGUUUUAUAUUUAUUUACAAUCCAGCAUUGAACUGAUGUUUUUCAUUGUUGUUUUAAUAAUAAUAAUAAUAAUUAUUAUUAUUAUUAUUAUUAUUGAAAAUGUGCUUUUAUUAAUAACUUGAAAUUGCCUAAAUAAAACAAAACAUUCACUGAGUAACGUUUAUAUCCUCCAUAAUUGUAAAUUAUAUUGUUGUUGAAGCUGACACCCUGGGAUCCUUCAAGAAGCUGCUUGAUGAGAUUCUGGGAUCAAUAAGAUACUAACAACCAAACAAGCAAGAUGGGCUAAAUGGCCUCCUCUCGUUUGUAAACUUUCUUAUGUUCUUAUAUUCUUUAUUUUUUUAUUAAAGUGCAGGCUUCAAAACAGCUGUAAACAAUUAGACAUUUCUUGGUUUAUCUGAUACAUUCUGACCUGUACUUCAGUGUAGUGGCCUAGCACUCAGCACUGGCUAGGAGUUAACACAGGCUCAUUGAAAAAAACUAAAAUGUGCUACUUGCCAAGCCACUGUGAUGGUCUCUAAAAAUGAUCCAAAGGGACUCUGUAUAACUUUGACCUUUGUGUUUUCCUUUGUUUUUUUAUUGCAAGUAAGAAAUGUAUUGUAUCAAACACCGAACACAUAUUCAAACAGACGCUAUUGCUGUUAAUAAAAUGCAGACACGGUAAUAAACAGAUAUUGCUGCUCUAGAGUGCAAAGAAGAGCGAUCAGAAUUAUCCUGGGUUUAAAAGGCAUCUAUUCAGUCUUGAACAAAGAAGACUAGGCUGUGAUCUGAUUCAAGCAUUCAAAAUUCUAAAAGGUAUUGACAAUGUCAACUUUUUCGACCUGAAAAAAGAAACAAGUACCAGGGGUCACAAAUCGAGAUUAGAUAGGGGAAUUCAGAACAGAAAAUAGGAGGCACUUUUUUACACAGAGAAUUGUGAGGGUCUGGAACCAACUCCCCAGUAAUGUUGUUGAAGCUGACACCCUGGGAUCCUUCAAGAAGCUGCUUGAUGAGAUUCUGGGAUCAAUAAGAUACUAACAACCAAACAAGCAAGAUGGGCUAAAUGGCCUUCUCUCGUUUGUAAACUUUCUUAUGUUCUUAUGUUUAAAAAUAAAUGUGGUUAUUGAAAGAAAACAAAGGUACAAUGUUAACGGGUCUGCAGUCGGUAGCUGUCCAGCAGCACUGGUUAUACUUAUAGUAUCAUACUUGAUUCAUGGCGAUCCUGAAUUUGUAAGAGUACUCUGUCGAAACGGACGGGUUUCAUCUGUUGUUGUAUUGUUGAUGUCUGUAGCAGAAAAAAACUACUAGAGUGUAUUUUGAUAAGUGAAAGCAUGUUUAGCACGCAAGUGGUACAGCAGACUAGAUGCACAUCUGUGAUACUGGAACUCACUUUGACAGUAGAUACAAGUAACCCUCUUUCUAUCCAAUGAACCAUCAGAAAGUUUUUUUUUUU